UCGUAAAGAAAACACUCGUGUCGUAGUUGUCAAUCCAGCAACUGAACUCCUUGCACCUCUUCGGAAAAUCCAAUCUCCGAACCGUUAUGCCACUUCUCCAUCGCCUUUGUUGGAUUUCGUCAUCUGGUUAAGGAGAGAUGAAAAGGUGCUUUCUUUCCAACUUAGGAAAGACAGCACCGUUUAAAACAAAUUCGACUUCACUUUUCCUUAUUGAAGUAUUGCUGACGUACCGGUUUAAUCGGUUUCGACUAUGGCAUCUUGGCAGCCACUUUGCAAUUUAAGAGAUUACGUGUCCCAGAACCCUCCGGCUGUGACAUUUUUCUUGUGUCUCCUGAUGCUGGCUAUUUCAUUUAUCUGUCUCAGUUCUUAUAGCAAUAAUCACCCUCUGCCCGAUUGUGAUACAGCAAAGGACUGGAACCAUCUCCUCUCUACGUUGGCACACUUCCAUCUGUGUGUUAAAACCAAUUGGAGUUCAGAUGACCUGGUGUCUCUAGGCCCAACUCCACUUGGAGAACAGAAAAGAAAUAGAGACACCUCACUCGACUUUACACCACAGCCCGCACAUUUCACGAGUUUGCAUCUCAAGGUUCCUCUGACUAUCACAAACAACCACGGCCUUCCAAAAGAUGUUGACGUUUUUACAACCUUGAGAGCCAGUCAGUUGGAUCUUGGGGGCAGUGAGAUUGUGAAUGUAAGUAUCCACCGUGAAAAUGAUACCUACACCUGCCUCACUUUAAGAGCUUCAUCCGCUCUCUUCCCCAUGAGCCGGCUUCCCCCAGAGUGUCCCGCACCAAGCAACAUCCAUUCAUCUGUCCAUGUAGAGGCAACUGACCAGCCACCACUAGCAUCACAAGCCUGCUAUGGUCUUCUCUACAGGAAUGACCCGACUCUCACUAUUAUGUUAACAAAGGAGGAGCGGUGGGUGGCAGUGCGACAUCUCAUAGAAGUCAGUAUGUGUCUGAUAGGAGUUUGUUUAAUACUUUGUUUAGCUGCUAGCCUGUCACAUUCAAAGAUGCGCAACUACCACAGGAAGGAGCCGGACCGUCAAAAUGAACCUUUGAUUGACACUUGAACAAUUUUGUCAAGUGAAGGAUUCAGUCCAGUGAGAAAAAUUAUCCUACUAUCCAAUUGGAUUCCAAAUGAAAAUGUUUUAUCCAGUGUCUCCAGUGUAAAUAUCUGUCAGAUUAAAAGUAAAACUGAAAGAAAAACAGUUAAUUCUGUUUGCUGUUUAAUUGUACAUGACGCAUACUCUUUGUCAACCUAUUCUCCCAUUGGGUUCCAUCGUAAGGAAACAUGGUAUUCCCUUCCACUGCUAUGCAGAUGACUGCCAGAUCUAUGUCCCACUGAGCAAGAAAGACGCCUUCUCAUUAAGGCCACUCCUAUCCUGUCUGGAAGAAAUCAAAACCUGGAUGGCACAUAAUUUCUUGAAAUUCAACGAAAACAAGACAGAGGUGAUAUUGUUUGGUCCCAGUGGCCCUUGUACAUUCCAUCCUGUAGACUUGGGCCCCCUGUCUCCUUAUCUGAAAUCAACGGUCUCAAACUUGGGCCUUAAACUGGACAGUGAUUUCAAACUGGAUCGGCAAAUUGGUGCCGUUGUUAAAUCCAGCUUCUUUCACCUUAGACAGCUGACCAAAAUAAAACCUUUCCUCUCACAUGAACACUUUGAGACAGUAAUCCAUGCCUUUGUCACAUCCCGGCUCGAUUACUGUAAUGCCCUGUACUUUGGAGUCAGCCAGUCCUCCAUUAAGCACCUUCAGCUGGUCCAGAAUGCCGCUGCUCGCCUCUUGACUGGUACUCGCAAGAGGGAGCAUAUAACUCCUACUCUGCCUUCAUUGGCUCCCCAUUCAUUUUACAGUUAUUUUCAAGAUCCUCUUCUUUGUUUUAAAAUCUCUAAAUAAUCUCGCGCCACCUUACCUCUCUGAGCUCAUCCGCCCCUUCACACCUGCCCGGCGCCUCAGGUCUGUGGACCAGUCUUUGUUAGAAGUACCAAGAACUAAACUGAGGCUCAGAGGGGAUCGAGCCUUUUCUGUUGCUGGUCCCUCUCUCUGGAAUGACCUCCCACUGAACAUUCGGCAAGCCUCCUCGCUGCCCAUCUUUAAAGCCCUCCUCAAAACCCACUUGUAUUCUUUGGCGUUCGACUCAGCAUGAUUUUACUGCUUGGUGCUUUCUACCGCCUUUAUUACCAUUUCGUCUUACUGUUUAUUGUGUAUGUUAAAUCGCUCCAUGUACAGCACUUUGUAUGCAGCGAUGGCUGUUUGAAAGUGCUCUAUAAAUACUGUUGACUUGACUUGACUAUUCGAUUAUUUUUAAUCAGUUAUUCUAAUUAUGAUUGUAUACUUUAUCUAAAUAAUAAAUAGCAAAUGAGGCUGGUUUUACUCAUGAAGUACUUUCAUUUUAAGGCACACCGAACAUGGACUGUAAUGAACCAUGACCAUAAAUAUAUUUAUUUAUAUAAUAUGUCAGUACCAUUUUUGAACUUUUGAUGUUUUUUAAUGGUUUCAUUUCGAAAUACAUGCAUAUUGCU